GAAAUGGGGCCCAAAACUAUUGGAUAUUUGAUCCAAAACUUAGGUUGGAUCGGUAAAUAAGUUGAAACCCACAAAUAUUAUUGUCUUUUACUAACUGUUUGAAUAAAAAUAAACACUUAAAUUAUUUAUUUUUAUAACAGGGGCUAAGUAGAGAAUGAUUCGAGUAUAGGGGGCCAACGAGAUUUUCUUCCCAAAAAAAAACUGUCCAAGUCAAAUCUUUUGACAGUGAAAGGACUUUUGAAGAAGAAUUGCGAAACGCAAAAGCUGUACCCAAAGCGAAUCGCGAUUUCGAGCUCUAUGGUGUCCGUAAACCCUAGACCUAAGGGUUUUCCAAUGUUCGAUCCCGUGAACAUGAGUUUACCAGGCUCCGAUGGAUUUGGUUCCAAUCCGAUUGCUACGAUUCCGGCCACCGGACGGGUGUCGUUUUCUGAGGAUCCGACUACGAAGAUUCGGAAGCCGUACACAAUCAAGAAGUCGAGAGAGAAUUGGACAGAUCAAGAACACGAUAAAUUUCUAGAAGCUCUCCACUUAUUCGAUAGGGAUUGGAAGAAGAUAGAGGCAUUUGUUGGAUCAAAAACAGUGGUUCAGAUACGAAGCCACGCGCAGAAAUACUUUCUCAAAGUUCAGAAGAGUGGUGCUAACGAACAUCUUCCACCUCCUCGACCAAAGAGGAAAGCGAGUCAUCCUUAUCCUAUAAAGGCUCCUAAAAAAGUUGCUUUUACCUCCCACGUCCUUCCAUCUUCGAGCACACUACCGUUGCUUGAGCCUGGUUAUUUGUACAGCUCUGAUUCACAGCCGUUGCUGGGAAACCAGGCUGUUUGUGCAUCUAGCUCUUCUUCGUGGAAUCAUGAAUCAACGAAUCUUCUGCCAAAACCGGUGAUUGAAGUAGUAGAGGAACCGGGAGUCUCGGCCACGGCUCCUCUCCCAAAGAAUCACUGCAGUGAGGAAGAUACACGGAGGGUACGAGCAGUGACAAAGCCAAAUGGCGAAGAAAGUUGUGAAAAGCCACAUAGAGUGAUGCCGAAUUUUGCUGAAGUUUACAGCUUCAUUGGAAGUGUCUUCGAUCCCAACACAUCAGGCCACCUCCAGAGAUUAAAGCAGAUGGAUCCAAUAAAUAUGGAAACGGUUCUUUUACUGAUGCAAAACCUGUCUGUAAAUCUGACAAAUCCCGAGUUUGCAGAGCAGAUAUCAUCAUACAGCGCUAAAGCUUUGAAAUAGAGGUAGGAAAAAACAACAAUGUACCUUAAGUGAGAGCUGUAUGCAUUCAAUGGAUUUAGGCCUCAAGUUCUCAUUACCCGAGCAGAACCAAUUGCAAGGACUCUUAGAUGGCUACUGAGUUGGGGUUUUUAUGUCUCUGUUAGUCGGGCGGGGUGGAGCACACUUGUUUGUCCUGUCUUGUGUAUGUGUGUAUAGAUAAUAGAGGGUUUUGCAGAGUUAUGUAAGGUCACAGUUAGCUGCAAGUGAGUUUGGAUCAAUCUUAAGUUAAGACCUUGAGAGUGUCCAAAGAGACUGUGUAAUAUUGGUUUGGCGGUCAGCAGAAGAUGUUUCUUUUUUUAAGUGCACAUCCAGUGAGUGAAGAAAAGGCAAGGUUAAACUUUUAGUUUUUUAAAAUUGUAUAUGAAUGUAUAAAGUAUUAUUUUGGCUUCUAUGAAAACUGGUAACGAAAAGAAUCUCAAUUGAUU